UUUUUUUAAUGUAAAUUAAAAUAAGAUUCUUUUAUUAAUAAUUUUAAAACACACAAUUACACAUUUUUAGAUAUGAUUAAAAAAACUACCAGUUUAAAAUGAGCAACGUUGACUCAACGUCAACACCUGAGAAUCCUAGGUCGUUAAAGAACCUAUUUCUUGAUCUAAAGGAGGAAUUAAAAAGUAGGUCUGAGGUAAAUUUUAAGUCAAGGAAGAAAUUAGAGGAAUGUGCAGCUUCAUCGUCCGACGCUUCCUGUAAUUCAAACAGCAACUUCGACGAAGAACUUAGUUCCUUCUUGAAAAACACUAAUCAGAACGGAAACUUGUUGGAUUUGUUUAAUAAGAAGUAUUUCAUAGGUUAUGCUAUAAGUGAAGCCUUUAGUGGCACAGAUUUGGAUGCAUAUACUCUGUUUCACAUAUGGAAUACCAAGAGAUCAUCGCAAAAAAGCUGUGCCUUUUAUAAUCAUUCUUUAGUAUCACCUGAAGAGGGUUUAGAGUUAACAAAUAGACCUGAACACUUUUCAAAGGACCAGUUUGUAGUAUUUUAUCAACAACUGUUUUUUAGUUAUCAAUCAGAACUAGAGUUGAUAGAUCGCACAAGGCCAAUUUUUAAAAUUCCUCCCCAGGAUAACUCACUUGUCCACGCUAUUGAACCAAAGACUACUACUUUGAUUUUGUUAACAUAUCUUUACGGCUUGAAUAACGUUAAAUUCAUUGGUUUGAGGAAUUUCCCCGACCACUCCACAGUUCCUGGCCCUUAUUUGAGUCUCUUGAAUAUCGACUCCAAGUCUGACUUUAUUACCUGUUUAACCAAGUUCAACGAGCUGAUUUUUAAAAAUGCCAUGAAUUCUGACAAUUCUUACUAUUUUAACUUCGAGGGUUACUUGAACUUGUCAUAUUUUGUCUACGAACUUGACUUUAUUUACUCUUACAUUCUCGUUGAGGAGAAUUGCUACUCUAAGUACACUGAGCCCAUUUUACUAAAGUCUUUUACGAACCGUGUUUUUGGGAAGGCCAGCCUAGCUUUAAAUUUAUACCGCAUGAGAUCUAGAUACAAGGAUUUGAGUAUUUCAGAAGUGCUAUCUAGGUUUGACUCAGUUUUAUCCUUAAUUUGUAAAAUAUUUUUUGAAUUCAAAAGUGCUCCGAAACAAGCUCCUCUUGACAAGAACAACCCUAAGGUUUUCAAUUUCCUCUGCUUCACCUGCAUAGUUUACUCCUACAUCUACUCAAUUCUCAGCAUUCCUCUGCAACUGUUGCCAUGGGAGGUCUUCGUGCCUGACAAAUUCAACUCAAAAACAGAAAAACCUGAUAAACGAAGAACCGCAGGAACUGAAAAUGGAACUGAGGAAACUGAUGAUAAAUCACAGGACUCUACUCUUCCCAAUGGUGUAGAUUACAGCUCUAAUGACGAUACUGGCGAGUUGAAGGAGAAUUUUACCAUAGUUGACAUGUCUGUUCACAACGAGUUUGCUGAGACAGCCGCUGAUUCCACAUGUAUUGAGAACACUAGAAGGCAUGAUAACUUGAUGACUUACAUAAUUGGACUAGUGAACGGUGAAGGGAACUGGAUUAAAAAGAAGGAGAAAUUUGUGGACCUGAUCGACACCUAUAAGUUGGGCCUAUCUUGGUACAGGCGUCCAUCUUUUAGUAACACCCUGUAUAAUAAUAAUUCAAAAGCCUGGCCAAUAUCAAUUUUUUACUAUAAUCUUCUUAUAGAGCCCUGCGGUAGGGCCUUUUUCGUCUGGUACUGGAAGAACAUCGAGGCCUGGGGAAGCUCAAAUAUCUGGUCAAGUCAACCUAAAUUCUCCAAUCAGAAAACCUCAAUCUUUGGUAGAUUUCUAAAUAAAUUGUCCAGAAAACCCCAGUUCCAAACCGACUCAAAUCUUGGACUAAAGCGUCUUGUUUCUCUAAGGCUAAGGGACACUGUAUCCUACGUCUUUGACAUUGAACUUGAGCUGAAAAAGGCUCUUUUGUACUAAUAAUAUUUUUAAAAAUAAUACAAUUGUG